UUGAAAUAUAUACAUAACACGUUAAUUUUAAUGGUUAUGGGUGUCUUAGAUAAUUUAGUUUAAAGAAGUAACAUUUAUUUAACAUAAUGUUUAAAUCGGUGUGUAAUUUUGGGUUAUUAUUUUAAAUGUAUAUUUUUUAAUUAAUUCAUAUUCAAAAUGUGUACUGUGAAUAAUAUUAAAGGUGAAAUUGAUAUACAGAGAUUACCUGUAAACUUUGAAGAGUAUAAAAUUAAUGACUGGACAAUUAAAUACACAAAAUCUCAUAUUCUCCAUUCCUUGUGUGUAACUACUGAAAAAUGUAAUGAGAAGUUGGAGGAACAGUGUUUACUAUGUCUAUACACAAAUACCUUACAAUUGCCACAUCUCCCAGAAAUGGUUUUUCCAAACAAUAAGUUGACUAUAGUUCAUCCAAAUGGUAGCUUCAUAGAGUUUAAUACAUUGGAUGCAUUAAAGAGAGUUUCAAAUGGAAAGCAGCCUUUGAAGGUUGCUUAUGCAGAAACUUGGAAAGAGUCCAGGUUACCAGAAAAUUUAGAAGAGAAAAUAAAACCAUUCGACUGGACAUUUAGUACUGAUUAUAGGGGAACAUUAUCUAAAUCUGCAGUUGUUAUGGCAACCGAUGAAAGGAUAGAUAUAGAAAAAUUGAAGCAAAAAGAAAAAAUUUUGUUUUACCAAGAGUUAAUGCUUUAUGAGGAUGAGUUACACGAUAAUGGUAUAUCUUCUUGUACAAUUAAAAUUCGGGUCAUGCCAAGUUCAUUCUUUGUUCUGCUGAGAUUCUUUUUAAGGGUCGAUAAUGUUAUGGUUCGAAUAAAUGAUACCAGAGUUUUUCAUGAUUUUAAUACUGAUUAUAUUUUGAGAGAAUAUACGAAUAAGGAGUGUGGUGUUACCGAAUUAAAACUGCCUUUAACUAUGUUUGGAGAUCCUAAUUUACUUUCUCCUUAUAUGCCAGUAAGGACAACCAUUUACGAAAAAAUUUUAUUUAAUGAUGCAAAUGCUGAGUAAAACAUUAAAUACAAAUGUAAAUAUAUAUAUAGUGCGUAUGGCCGAGGAGUGCUCUAAAAAUAUAAAAUCCCUGAUUCAUCUACACCCAAAACGUUCGGGAUGGUUAAAUAUGUUUUUUAAAUCUCUCAUCUCCUCCGACAAUUUUCCUCUAUUUACCUCAUCACAUUUUCAAGUGGUAACUAGAUUUUUUAUUGAAAUUUUGCAUAUGAGGUAGAUAUAAGAAUUUAAAGAUAAAUUGAAAAUUAUGGGAAUAGUAAGUUUCAUAAGUAAGAAAUGUAACCACAAACAACAAUUCAAAAUGUUUGGCAAUACAAGAAUACAACAAAAUGUAAUAAAGAAAAUGAAGGGCAAUGGAAAAACGUAAGUAAAAAAUGUUAUUGUACAUACUUUUCUCUCUCCAGUUCCUUAAUUUGUUUUGAUGUUAGUUGAGUACAUAUCACAAUAUUUUGUUUAAAAUCAAAUGUUUCAUGACUAUUCCAAUUUUGAUUUAUCAAAUUUUAAACUUGAUAAAAAAUGGAAGCAACACUAUGUUGUUUGCUGUAUACGGAAUUAAGAUAAUUAAAUGAAUAAGGGAUUUAUAUUUAAAGCAUUGUACAACCAGCAUUUACACUGUACAUAUAUAUAGUGUCCAAAUCUAAUUGAAAAUUUGUUGAAAUUAUAAGAAGACAUUAUAAGUCCAUUAAAUUAGGAACGUUGUAGCGAUUUGCAUGACCAACUCAGAUGUGAUUUAAAAAAUUAUAUUAUCAAUUGUUUUUAAAUAAAUUAAUUUUUUUAUCUAUACCAUUCUUAUUCGAGAUACAAUGAAAAGAUUAAAGCACUUUUUCAUUGAACUUUCUAAAUGUACAGUAUUGCAACAUCCGAUUUUGAUUUUGAUUUUUGGGUACCAAGUAUUAGUAACUUUGAAAUUUCAAUUCACAAAGAGCUUGAUAUUUUUAUCACUUAAUCUGAAAGAACAUUGCUUUCUGCUGCAUAUUAUCGUUCUGUCUCGAAAGUGAUUGGAAGUAUUGGAAGGUAUAUAAGUAUAUUAAAUUGGAAUUCACAAUUUAGUUGGCCAUGCAAAUUGUAACACUUUCUUAAUUUAAUUGAUUUUCUAUAUCAUCUUACAUCUGACAACACUAUAUUCCCAUCUAGUUUUGGACACAUUGUAUAGUAUUAUUUUAAUAAAAAUAAA